AUGGAGAAACGGGAUCCGACUAAACCAGCUGUUGAUAUGCAAGAGGCAGCACAAGUCGUGCCAUGGAUAAAAGGUUACCCAUCUAAAGGAAGAUUGCGUAUGACACUUGCGCAGGCCGGCCAGGAAAUGUACAUCAUCAUAUCCAAGUACAGCGACAAUUAUCUGGAAUAUAUCAAUGAUAACCAGCCGACUGCGGAUUUCAUGACCAUGACACAAUAUGGGUCAUAUAGCAUCGAUAGUGCGUAG